AUCUCGCUCCGAUAAUUUUUUAUUAUAAAUUUUUUUUGUCGUUCUUUCCCGAAACCUCCGCCGAAACCACUUGUCUCUCGCUUGCUUACGUCCCUUCCUCACUUCUUUUUUCUUCUACUUCAGAUAUAACUGCCGAAGGUCAUGGUAUCCCCACUUUGGAUAGCUUCCUCUGAGGGCCGCCUCGAAGAAGUUCAAGAUUUAUUGAGGACCGCUUCCAAUGCUGAUGUUAACGUGAAAGAUCAAAAUGGAAUCACGCCGCUCAUUGAAGCAGUAAAAAACGGACAUGUCGAAGUAGUCCACGCAUUAUUAGCUCACGGUGCUGACCCCAUGAGCGCUUCUCAUCAAGGUCCCCCUCAGGCGUACACACAGGAUCCAACUAUGUUAGAGAUUCUUAACUCUGCGCAGGUCAAAAUUGUCUCGUUGGCGCCACCCAACGAAACCGGUUUUUAUUCCGAAGCUAACGGCGACCCCUACGCUCCUGCCGUCUACCCUUAUUAUCCUCCAUAUACUACAUCACCUCCUGAAGGUCCCGUUUAUUAUUCUCCCCCUCCCCCACAGCUUCAUGCUGACGGUCAGUCUAUGACUGCCCUGGGACCAGGGAAUCUCCCUCCUCCGGAAAUUGCCCGGCUCAUCCCUUGCAGGUACUUUCCUGCGUGUCGGUAUGGUGCAUCCUGCCUGUUUGCACAUCCACAAGGGCCAUACUUAUCCGGUCCUCUUCCUCCUCCUGCUCAGUACCCCGCUCCUUACGACCCAAUGAACACUAGUUAUCCACCCAAUGAUUACUACUCAAUGUCUACACCCUCUUUCCAACAACCUUCCCCAAAUGGCAUGAAUAUAAUUUCAUCACCAAACGGUGCUCCCGUUGUUCAACCUGAAAUGUUCCCUCCUCCACAUCCUUUUAGUCCCAAUGGUGUUCCGCAAGUCCCUUUCACUGCUGUAUCUCCAGUUGGAGAACCAGCUCCUUACCUUCCUCAACCACCCAUGUCUGCCGCUCCUCCUCAGAUUUAUCAUCAGCCUCCACCGCCUCAACCGUCGACCAUGUACAACAACACUUCUGUACCUGCUCCUCCAUUUGUUGUACAGUCUAAUGGCAUGUCUCAGUACCCGCCCAUCCCUGCUUCUGCGCCCGUUGGCUACUCUGACGGCGUUGUCGACCCCCCAUCUUUGAACCCCCAGUCCGAAACUUUCGGCUCCAUUCCCACAGGACCUCCUGCUUCGCACCGAGAGUCUACUGGACAUGCUCGUCGUAGUAGCAUACGUCGAGGAUCUUUUACUACUCGAAAACCACCGUGCUUAUUCUUUCCUGCUGGUAAAUGUAAGAACGGUGACGACUGUCGUUUCCCUCACAUUCUACUCAAUGAUUAUCCUUCACCGCCCCAUUCGUAUGCCGCUGGAAGGGGUGGUGCAUUUAGAGCUCCUCGCGGUCAUCCCAAUCACAACAGCGUUGGUAACGGUCUCGACGCAAAAAUGGCCGAUCUUACGAUCCGGGAUACUCGUCCUCAGAAUGGACAUCCUGCCGCUCCUGUCAAAAUAGAAUCAAAGGACGGGAACCGCCCUCGGCCUGGUCAGGGUUACAAAAACGCAUCAAACAAACGCCCUCCACCCAUCAAACAACAGCGUGUUCCUAAUGCCGAUGAAUUCCCUACUCUCGGCAAUUUGGCUUCCCCACCUCCAAAAUCCAGCAGCGUCUACUUUUCGAAUGGAAACGGCCAUUCUGGGCCCACUGCCGCUCAGGUGCUUCAAGCGCCUCCCCCGCGGAGGGACUCUGAGUCUUUCCCCUCAGUAAAUGGGACGCGCACACCUUCAGACUCAGGCUCCGUCAAGGACUCGGAUUCAAGCAUCGCUGCCCAGUCGUCUUCCACCUCGGUCAUCCAAAAAUUACCGAUUUCAUUUGCCGCUAUCGCCGCUACUAGUGCCCCGGAAGUUGCGGCAGAGGUGUCGGUCUCCGCUUAGAAGACUCAUCGCUUGACAACUCUGGAGUCCUGACAAAACGAAUCUUGAAUUGUUGAACUGUGGUUGUAUCUGCUUGCUUGUCUAUCUUCUAUUUUUCUCUUGGGUUAUUUUCAUAUUCAUCAUCCUCGAUCUACACCAAUAUCUGCAAUAACUUCUGUUUUUUUUUCACCGCACAUAUUUACUGCCAUACAGAUACUGUCUGGUUCCAUCUCGUCAUUCCACAAUGCAUAUUAUAGUUUUCGUCGUGCAUCCCCCA